CGGACCUGCUGUGACCUGCACUGUACAUUUACAGCCAGACUGAAACGUAGCGCUCAUGUUUUCCUCUGCUCCGCUCAUUUUCACCGUCGCCUACUGCCGCCUGUCACGUAGCUGUCAUUUGAAGAAUGAGCCGAGGACACUCGAGAGCGCUACCGCGCUGCACAGUGAGCGGGUCAAAAUCAUCAAAGUGAGUUAUGCAUUGACUUUAUUGAUCAUGUGAAAGUUUAGUAGCAGCAGUCACUCAGUCAACAGCUGCCUGUCUGUGCCAAACAGGGAAAACCACGUGUCUCCGUUGUGUGCACCGCACAGACGGUCCGGAGCUGCACUUCCGGAGUGACCUGCUGUUGAAUACAUCUAACUCUACAACGAGUACUUCGAGAUUUCAAACAUGUUUAUUUACAUGUCCCCUCUGUUUUUUAAACAUUUAUUUUAUUGAACUUUUGAUAUUUUUGUUAUUUUUUUAUUAUUCCACAAUUCCGAGUUCCGCCUUUUUCGUUCCAUCAACAUUACGUUAUCAGUUAACCUCUAGAUAAUCGAUUAUUGACAUUUGUGAAUUGAUUGAUAAUCGUCCAAGUCCGCAUCGCGAUGCAUCUAAAAAUCAAUGUAAUAUCAAAUAACAUCUCUCUCUCUCGCUCUGUGUUUCUCUUCAAAAUGCUAAAGUGGGUUUCCAAAUAUACUGUGACAGGUGCAGAUAUUACCUAGCUGGCCUGCCCCAGUAACGUAAUUUGUUGAAAAUACUGUAUUAAAAGUUGUUGCAAUAUUUAGGCCUAUAAUUUGUAAAUAUUACACCUUCGACCAAGUUUAUUGUCUUCUAACCAGUAUGAACUGAACCGUGGAUGGGGUGUAUUGUAUUGUAUUGUUACACCCCUAAUAUCCAUGUCCUAUUUUAUUAUGUAUGUUUUGCUCCGCAAGGCAGCAAAGAUGGAAGGACAGUUCGUCCUCCUCAUCUGGCUGAAAGACAUCGUAAACCAUUUCUGGUGGUGUUGUAAGAAAGCUGACACAACCAAGAAGUUUUUAGUUAGCACGUCAUUUUCAAAAUAUUUUUUCUUUUAAGCAAGUUAAUUAAUUUCCAUAUGAAGGAUCCUUUUAUAGUGCUCUUCUGUUUUCCACAGGCACUGUGGGUUGGCAUCAUUCACCAUGUCUGUGACGUUCACACCUGGACUAAUGGAAGGUGUCAACAUGGAAGGCACCUGAAAGAAACACGUGGAAAGGCGUGGAUCAUGAAAGACUCCAGGUGCCACAAAGCUUUAGUUGACAUCGUGUUCAGUAAACGUUGGCUGAAGGAUGUGCAUAAAUACCUGCGCUUCAGAUCAACUGCAGGCCUAGAGGCAUUCCACAACCAUAUAUUGAUGUAUACCAGCAAGCGCUUCACCUUCAGUCCCCCAGUUCAUGAGGCAAGAGUUCUGCUUGCUGCUCUGGACUAUAACUUCCACCGGAACCGACAAACAUUAAAAACAGCAGAAGGCAAAGAGAUUUUCAGAAGGCUGCACAGGAAAAACUGCAGAAGUUACAACUUAUAUGCCCUGAAAUUUGAAAAAACCUACUCCUACAUCUCUGAGCUGCAAGCAAGGAUUGUAAAGAGGAGAAUCACAAGUGGAGUGGGGAUGCCUAGAAUUAAGACAGUGUUGCCUGCAGAUGUCCAGCAGCUGUUGGUGAUUAAAGAAGAGGUUCCCCCUGAGUGGAGCCCCAGUCUGGACCAGGAGGACCCAGAGCCCCUACACAUAAAAGAAGAACAGGAGGAACUCUGGAUCAGUCAGGAGGGAGAGCAGCUUAAUGGGCUGGAGGAGGCUGAUAUCACCAGGUUCCCAUUCACUGCUGUUACUGUGAAGAGUGAAGAUGAGGAAGAGAAACCUCAGUCUCCACAGCUUCAUCAAAGCCAAACUGAGGACAACAGAGAGGCAGAGCCUUCAGCCAGCAGCUCAGCUACGCAGAUAAAAACAGAAACUGAUGGAGGAUCAGAACCUGCUGGGAACCUUGAUCCAGAUAGUCAUUUACAACCAGAUACUGCUGAAAAAGCUUCAGAGACUGAAGUCAGUGAUAAUGACUGGCAAGAACCUUUGUCAGAUUCUGAAGCUGAAACUGAAGACAGUGACAAUGGUUGGAAGGAGACCAGAGCACCUGAGUCAGGUGUAAAUGCUCUGAAAUAUAAGGAAGCUCCUGUAAGUGAUGCAGGAUGUAAUGCUGGGAAAGAAUCAUUUAGCUGCUUUGAAUGUGGUAAACAAUAUCACCUCAAGGGGUCUCUUCAGAGACACAUGAAGUGUCAUUUAAGCAAAAGGCCCUCCACCCGUCUGGUUAAUAAGAAAUGUUGUAAAGUGAAGGACAAUGUAGAAUUACAGAGGAGAGUCCACACAGGAGAGAAACCGUUUGGCUGUGAUGUUUGUGGUAAAAGAUUUACAGUCCAGGGAGCUCUGAACAGACACAUGAGAGUCCACACAGGGGAGAAACCAUUUGGCUGUGAUGUUUGUGGUAAAAGAUUUAACCAGCAUCCACAUCUUAAAAUGCACAUGAGAGUCCACACAGGAGAGAAACCAUUUGGCUGUGAUGAUUGUGGGAAGAGAUUUACAGAACAGAGUAGUCUACAGAAACACCUGAGAGUCCACACAGGAGAGAAACCAUUUUGCUGUGAUGUUUGUGGUAAAAGAUUUAACCAGCAGCCACAUCUUAAAAUGCACAUGAGAGUCCACACAGGAGAGAGACCAUUUUGCUGUGAUGUUUGUGGUAAAAGAUUUAACCAGCAGCCACAUCUUAAAAUGCACAUGAGAGUGCACACAGGAGAGAAACCAUUUAGCUGUGAUGAUUGUGGGGCGAGAUUUAUAGAUCAGGGAAAUCUCAAGAAACACAGGACAGUCCACACAGGGGAGAAACCAUUUUGCUGUGGUGUUUGUGGGGCGAGAUUUAUAGAACAGAGAAUUCUCAAGAAACACAUGAGAGUGCACACAGGAGAGAAACCAUUUGCCUGUGAUGUUUGUGGUAAAAGAUUUACAGAACAGGGAACUCUCAAGAGACACAUGAUAAUACAUACUGGAGAGAAACCAUUUUGCUGUGAUGUUUGUGGUAAAAGAUUUAACCAGCAGCCACAUCUUAAAAUGCACAUGAUAGGUCACACAGGAGAGAAACCAUUUGGCUGUGAUGUUUGUGGGAAGAGAUUUACACAAAAGAGAAAUCUAAAGAAACACAUGAGAGGCCACACAGAGCCGAAACCAUUUGGCUGUGUUGUUUGUGCAACAAGAUUUACAAAACGGGGAGCCCUCAAGAAACACAUGAGUGUCCACCCAGGAGAGAAACCAUUUGGCUGUGAUGUUUGUGGAAAGAGAUUUAAUCAGCAUGCACAUCUUAAGCUGCACGUGAGAGUCCACACAGGAGAGAAACCAUUUGGCUGUCAGGUUUGUGGGAUGAAAUUUGCAGAUCAGGGAAAUCUCAAGACACACAUGAGAGUCCACACAGGAGAGAAACCAUUUGGCUGUGAUGUUUGUUGGAUGAAAUUUGCAGAUCAGGGAAAUCUCAAGACACACAUGAGAGUCCACACAGGAGAGAAACCAUUUGGCUGUGAUGUUUGUUGGAUGAAAUUUGCAGAUCAGGGAAAUCUCAAGACACACAUGAGAGUCCACACAGGAGAGAAACCAUUUGGCUGUGAUGUUUGUUGGAUGAAAUUUGCAGAUCAGGGAAAUCUCAAGACACACAUGAGAGUCCACACAGGAGAGAAACCAUUUGGCUGUGAUGUUUGUUGGAUGAAAUUUGCAGAUCAGGGAAAUCUCAAGACACACAUGAGAGUCCACACAGGAGAGAAACCAUUUGGCUGUGAUGUUUGUUGGAUGAAAUUUGCAGAUCAGGGAAAUCUCAAGACACACAUGAGAGUCCACACAGGAGAGAAACCAUUUGGCUGUGAUGUUUGUUGGAUGAAAUUUGCAGAUCAGGGAAAUCUCAAGACACACAUGAGAGUCCACACAGGAGAGAAACCAUUUGGCUGUGAUGUUUGUUGGAUGAAAUUUGCAGAUCAGGGAAAUCUCAAGACACACAUGAGAGUCCACACAGGAGAGAAACCAUUUGGCUGUGAUGUUUGUUGGAUGAAAUUUGCAGAUCAGGGAAAUCUCAAGACACACAUGAGAGUCCACACAGGAGAGAAACCAUUUGGCUGUGAUGUUUGUUGGAUGAAAUUUGCAGAUCAGGGAAAUCUCAAGACACACAUGAGAGUCCACACAGGAGAGAAACCAUUUGGCUGUGAUGUUUGUGGGAUGAAAUUUGCAGGUCAGGGAAAUCUCAAGACACACAUGAGAGUCCACACAGGAGAGAAACCAUUUGGCUGUGAUGUUUGUGGGAUGAAAUUUUCACAACCGGGAACUCUUAAGAAACAUGUGAGAGUCCACACAGGAGAGAAACCAUUUGGCUGUGAUGUUUGUGGUAAAAGAUUUAACCAGAAGUCUCAUCUUCGCAGACACAUGAGCAGUGUUUCCCACGCAGACUUUACUUAGGUGGGCCACCCAUGUGUAAUUGGUGACCUAUUUUAGUGUUUUGCAGAGAAAGACAGAUACAGUUGUUAUCUAUUAUGUUAAAUGGACGGUGGAUAUAUUACAAUCACGGAUCACCUAAAGCCACAGUAAACACAAUAUUUUCCAAACAUCUGAUGACUCUGCACGUCAGGGUAAAUAUUUGUAUAUGAAAUGCACAUUUUAUGUCUAAUUGUCUAGUCAAUAUACUGUAUAUUCAAACUAAGUGAUCCAGUCAUCUGAAAUACUGGAUUGCACUGAAGUGUAAUAGGUGGAACAGGAGACCUUUUAUAGUGGACUUAACGUCUGAUUUUGACCUUUUUAAGAUGUAUAUAAAUAGAAACUGUUUUUA